AUGUCCGACCGAGAAGACGCAGGCGAAGAGACCUUCUACGACGACAACGACGAGCAGUUUGACGCGGAUGACUUGGCCGACGACCAGGUCGACGACCCGGCCGCCGACGACGCAAACGGCAUCGUCCACUCGAGCGCAGGAGGUGACCCCAACGGCGCAGUGGCGGGCCAGCCAAACGCCGAACGCAUCACCACGCCAUACAUGACCAAGUACGAGCGUGCACGCAUCCUCGGCACAAGAGCCCUGCAGAUCAGCAUGAACGCGCCGGUGCUUGUGCCGACAGAGGGCGAGACUGAUCCGCUCGAGAUCGCCAUGAAGGAGCUUGCGGCAAAGAAGAUCCCGCUCGUGGUCCGAAGAUACCUGCCGGAUGGUACCUACGAGGACUGGACCGUAUCUGAGCUCAUCACCAGCGACUAA